AUGGCCGACUCCGUUCCAUCGACAGCCGAUUCAUCAAAACCAGCAUCAGUCCAGAUUGUCUACACUGAGAGACCUCAGGAUGAGGAGCCUGAGGCUUACCAUAUCCGAACCCUAGCCUCUGUUCUUGGCAGCGAGGAUGCUGCAAAGGAGGCAUUGAUUUAUAGUUAUAAGACAGCUGCAAGUGGAUUCUCUGCCAAGCUGACACAAGAACAAGUUGAACAAAUCUCAAAACUACCAGGUGUUCUUCAGGUUGUCCCCAGCAAGACACUUCAGCUGCAUACAGGAACUGGGAUUGGGAGGCUGCAUUAA